UGCCUGCUGGAGAGAGAGCGCCAUCAUGAUAUUCGGUAGCUGGGGGACAAAGAUGGCGGCUGCAGCACCGUCAUCCCCUGCUCCAACUGCUGGAUCUGUGGAAGCGCUCCAUGACGGUGGGCCCGACUGGGAAGCGCGAACGAAAGCUUCGUUCCAAAGCAGGCGAGGGGGGAGCGUCUGGUACAGGAGGUGGGCUCCUCAGUCCAAGGCCAUCGCUAUGCUGUUCAUUGCCCACGGGCUGCACAGUCACAGCGGACGGUGGUCGAAGCUGGCGCACUACUACACGGAGAAAGGCUACGUCGUCUUCGCAAAUGACCACAUCGGCCAUGGAUUGACUGUGCAGGCCGUCGAAGGGGGCGGUACCAACUCCGGAAUGGUUGAAGACCACUCGCGGAUGACCGACGACUUCACGGAGUUCGUAGUGAAAAUGGUUGGACAGGAAGAGGACAAAACCCUGCCCGUGAUGAUACUUGGGCACUCCAUGGGGUCGCUCGUGGCUACGGUUUCGGCGACAAAGUUAACGGAGCACGCUGUCGUUGGUCCCCGCGUCAAGAAGCUGGCGCUCUCUGGUUGUCCUAUCGUACCAGGACCUGGGUCCGCAAGCCCAUUCGGCCUUCGCUGCCUCUACCCGAUCAACCGAGCAUCUGGGCUGGUCCGAAGGUUGUCCGGAUUGUUGGCCAGGAUGGACCCCGGAGGGCCCGCGGCGCCGCUCGAUCAAGGAUCGUUGUCAAGCGACCCUGAGGUUAAGCUAGAGGCUGCCGUGGACCCGCUCAUGGUGAAGGGAAGCGUUAGAAACAAGACGGCCUUCGAGGUCCUUAAGCUCGUGCAAGUCGCCAAGCAGAGCGCCUGCAAGGUUUCGGUACCGGUCCUCCUGAUUCAUGGGGGCGACGACGACAUGGCGUACCCUUCGGGGGCCGAGGAGAUGAAGUCUUUGCUAACGGCCAGCAGCUCUGUCGCCCUCGAGGUAUACGACGGCGUCUUGCACGAGGUGCUCAAGCACAAGAGCGAGUUCAAGACGGUCGUCGCCGCCCUCGACCGGCACUGGAGGGAUGUGGCUGCAAUGACGGUGUGAAGGUAGCGACUUGAACGGUCAAACGUCCGCUCCAUUGGCAGCCUGUUUGCCGAUCAUUGACUUGAUCUUGCUGUUGUUGGUAGUGGAUGACCUGUUUCGAGGUCCAAAUUGCUUGCUGGAUGUACAACAGGGCAGUUGAUCUGCCCCCUGUGUAAGCGCUCAGAUCAGGAGGAGCGCCUUUCGCUAGACCUUGUCAUGAUGAGACGGAGCCACGCCCUGCUUCGAUUCAGUGCUCUUCGCGCGGCCGCCGUAUUUUCGCCAAAGCAUCAGCUGCACUGCUGUCUUCUUUAUUGCAGACUAUUCCCUUUGAGGGACUAGGGGUCAUGGGAGGUUUGGCGGAACGGAGGGACGUUCGGGGCGGGGGGGGGGGCAGGUUCAAGUCGAGGGGCGAGGAAUAAAAAGUAAGACCAGAAGCAGAGUGCGGGUUGCCGCCCUCACGUACGUCGAACUACGCGUCUUGUAUUGUAUGUUUUGUGCUCAACACUCUUUCGUAAGCUACAGUAUUACUCUAUGGAGUUCCACAGAUUGUACCAUAUUGUUUUGCCCCUUUUGACCAGAAGUAUAAGUUUGGUACCGGUUUGUUAAUUUCGGUAGGAGCAAGUUGUGUUGAUGUGACGUACCUUUAUUUUUUUUUGUGAAGGUUCGCCGAGCGUUCCAUCACUCAGAGGAGUAAACUUCGGUCUAUUUGGUCACGAAAGCGUUCCGUUGAUGAUUUUGGGCCGCUUCUACCAAGCUGUCACUAGUCAAUAGCACACACGCACACGCACGUGACCCCACAUCACGGGGCACCAGGUCAUCGCCUUCAAAAAUGUUUCCUGUCCUCAACAACAUCCCGCUGGAAGACUGACGUCCAGUCGUUGGCUACGGUCGACGAGUGAAGACGCACAUACGUACACCUUGUAUCGCGACCUCACAAAGGGAAGACUGGACCGAACCGUGGUCCUGAGGGGGGCACUCGGGAUGGGAGAAACAACCUUGACCUGGCGAUGGCACCACCACCGCCGCCUAGCGUUGGGCUA